GUUUUUCCUCUUUGAAUUUGUAGCGGCAAGUAGUCGCUGUUGUGAUAUUUUUGUAUUAGAGUUAAUAAUUUUAAUAGUUUUGUUAAUGUGCUGGCAAUGGAAACUAGAAUUACAAAGGUGCCGAUUAAUAAAUAUCAGAAAAAUGCCAAAAGCUGGUUCUCCAAUGAGGUGUAUAUUCCAAGAUGUAUUAAAUGCUUGCUUUGGUCAUUGUUAAUACAAUGGAUAUUCCUACAAAUAGUGAUUUAUUUACUGACUUUAUUUACAUUUCGAACUCGAGAUGAAAAUGAUUUGAAAGGUUCUUCCUGGCCACUAAAUAUUUUUUCAUGGCAAAAUUUUAUUCUAUUGGGAUUUUUAGAUAUAAUUGUUUCAAUUAUUCAUAUCAAGCAACAUACAGACUGA